AUCCGUUGGUGAGGGAAGGUGUACAUAUCACACGCUCCGGUAUUGUGAAGGUUCAGUGAUGGUGUAGUCUGUGGUCUUGUCGUGUGAUGUAACUUAAGCAGCAUGGGUCUGAUGCCACUUGAAUUUAAGGACUGCCUUACUGACAGUCCUUACUUUCGCGAGAAGCUCCACACCCACGAGAAGGAGCUGGACCAGACCAACGCUUCCAUCAAGGCGCUGAUCAAGGAAGUGAAGGAUUUGAUUCAGGCCGCAAGGAACUUAUCGAAGGCCAAGAGGAACCUGAGCAACAACCUGCAGCGCUUCAAGUUCGAAUGCAUCGGCAACAGUCAGACGGAUGACGAGAUCGUCAUCGGGGGAUCACUCAGGGAGUUCGCCAAGAUCAUCGACAUGGUGGAGGACGAGCGGGAGAGAAUGCUGGACCGGUCGUACGAGCAGAUCAUCGGGCCGCUGGAGAACUUCCGCAAGGAGGCCAUCGGCGGUGCCAAGGAGGGCCGGAAGAAGUUCGAGAAGCAGACGCAGAAGUUUUGCCAGUCGCAGGAGCGCUACCUCAACCUCUCCACCAAGAAGGACGACCAGGUGCUGCAGGAGGCUGAUGCAUCAGUGGAGAUGGAACAGCGGCACUUUGUGCACGCCUCACUUGACUACGUAUUUCUGCUGCAGGAGGUCCAGGAGAGGAAGAAGUUUGAGUUUGUGGAAACGUUAUUGAGUUACAUGUAUGGUUGGUUGACAUUCUAUCAUCAAGGCCACGAAGUGUUCAAUGACUGUAGCCCUUACAUGCGUGAUCUACAAGUUCGAGUACAAAGGACCCGAGAGAACUUCUUAGCAACCCGCCAAGAGUCAGUGUCCCUGAAGAACAAGAUGCUGGAGGUGCGUAAGACGAAAUCAAUGGAUCCAGGCAACAUGGACAAAAUGUACACUCGACAAGGAUAUCUCUUCCUGAUGGAGAAAAAUGACGUCAAACCUUCACCUGCAUCUUUUCCUUUGUUUGUUUUUCAAAAGGCAUUUGGGACGACCUGGACCAAGCACUAUUGCCUUUAUCAGAAGGAGAACCGUGUCUUCACAAUGAUCCCCUACAACCAGAUACAACACAAAAUUACUUCAACGGAGACCAUAGUACUCAAGUCUUGUGUCCGUCGAAUGUCAGACAGCAUAGAUAAGAGGUUCUGCUUUGACUUGACGGCGCAAGACAAGCCUGGUGUCCUGUACACUCUGCAGGCACUGUCAGAGGAGGAUCGCAAGCACUGGAUGGAUGCCAUGGAUGGGAAAGAGCCUAUGUAUGCGCACCCAAGUGGAGGUGUUGGAUCACAAGAAGAAACCUCCCUAGAUGAAGUUGGAUUGAAUUUCACUUCACGAGCAAUAGCAAUGCUUGAAAGUAGAGGGCUGGAGGAUCAAGGUUUGUACCGCUUGGUUGGCGUCUCCAGUAAAGUAUCAAAGCUUCUUGCACUGGGCCUGGACCGGCGAAAAUCAGAGAAGCUGAUGCUUGAUGACCCAGCUGAGUGGGAGGUGAAAACCAUCACCUCUGCCAUUAAGCAGUACUUCCGUAAUCUUCCGGAACCCCUCAUGACAUACAAGCUUCACAGUGCCUUCAUUGCUGCUGCAAAGCAAGAUCGGUUGUUUCAGCGUGUAAAUGAGAUCCACAGUUUGGUUCAUAAGCUGCCUAAGACAAAUUUCACUGUUCUGAAGACCCUCGUUCAGCAUUUAGUAAAUGUGUCCAGUAAGAGCGAAAAGAAUUUGAUGACUGUUAGUAAUCUUGGUGUGUGCUUUGGGCCAACUUUACUGCGACCAGAAGAGGAGACUGUAGCUGCCAUUAUGGAUAUUAAGUUCUGCAAUAUUGUUGUUGAAAUCCUCAUUGAGCACUAUGAUAAGAUAUUUAAUACUGUGCCGGAGCCUCUUGUGGACGUGAACAGAGUGACAGAGGGAAAGACCUCACCCAAAUCAUCUCCUCCUCCUUCAAAUAACCACACCAGUGCUUCCCAGUCUUCUUCACACACAUACUCAUCCUCUAGUGCUCCAAAACAUAUGCCAGUCUUACAGAAGGUUGUGACAUCCUUUACAACAAGUGAACCCCAGACAGUGCACUUUGGUGCACCAUCAAGUCUUCCCCCGCACCUCCAACGUUCAGAUGCGUCAUCCAACCUCAAGACUCAGACAACACCCUCUGGGGUUGGGUCAGGUCUCCACACACAUGUACCAAGUGUAUAUGCAAAUGUCCCACCUCCACCAUCUGCUACACAUCACUGGAGCAACUCACCUUCUUUGUCUAGUCUUAACUCUGGUAUGUUUUUCCAGAAGGUUGUGACAUCCUUUACAACAAGUGAACCCCAGACAGUGCACUUUGGUGCACCAUCAAGUCUUCCCCCGCACCUCCAACGUUCAGAUGCGUCAUCUAACCUCAAGACUCAGACAACACCUUCUGGGGUUGGGUCAGGUCUCCACACACAUGUACCAAGUGUAUAUGCAAAUGUCCCACCUCCACCAUCUGCUACACAUCACUGGAGCAACUCACCUUCUUUGUCUAGUCUUAACUCUGGCUUAAACUCAGGACUCAACUCACACAGUUCACUUGUUUCACUGAGUUCAGCUGUAGCAGCUUCCGUUGGCGUAGGAAGUAUGUAUGAUACUGGGCAGAAUAAUCGACCAGCGCGGCCUCCUGCUCCCACGAACGGUCAAGCCAGAGCACUGUCCUUCGUGAACCCUUUGUCUGAUCGGAGCGAUGGAGUUCAGAGUACCAGCAGCUCGAGCGAGUCCCUGUCAUCGCGGUCAUCCCGUGAGUUGACACAACCUCCCUCCAGCUCCCUCUCCUCCUCACCGCAGACAAGUAAGAGGUUUCCCCCCCAUGUCGUGGCUCCUCCCAAGCUGGGUGCUAAUGGCCCUCACCGAGAUCUCCGUGUGCAGCAGACAAACCAUUAUGCGUUUAACAACAGCACUUGGUAUGUACCACUUUCAGGUGCACGACUGGGGACAGCGUACCCGCCCACGUACCGGCAACACAUGGAAACUCUGUGCAAGAGACAAUCUCUGGAGUACCUCUACUCAUCUAUGAAUUCGAUCAGCGGGUCGCAGUCCACAUCAAGUCUUCUGGCCCCGACCAGCUCUUCUCCACCGCCUUCUGCUACUUCGAAUGGGACAGCCAGUUCUCCUCCAAGACGUGUGAGAACGCUGUAUGCAUGUGUAGGAGAAAAUGAGUCUGAGCUUUCCUUUGAGCCCAAUCAAAUCUUAUGCAAUGUUCGGCCAUCCCGAGAACCAGGCUGGCUAGAAGGAACCCUCAAUGGCCGCACUGGUCUUGUUCCUGAAAACUACGUAGAAGCAGUAGAUGAUAAACCUCCUCCUCCUCGACUUCUAGCCCAGAGAAACACAGAUGUGUAAAUCUAAGAGAAACAUUCAUAAUUUAGUAGAUAUGAAGUGGAUGUAUUAACUUAGGCUUCAUAUCUUUGAAACUGUAGUGUGUCUUAUGUUAUACCAGGGUGACAUAAUGCAUAUUGUUGACCAAUAAUAUGUGUGUAUGUGCGUAUGUGUGUGCAUAAGGUAAAAUGCUGUGCUUGCAGUGUUGUACUACCUGCAGGGAUAUAGCAUUGCCUUUCAGAGAAUAUACUUUUGGCCUUAGGUACUGCCAGAAUGAAAGCUCCUUAUCAUGAGCUACAGAAGGGAAUCUUAAGCCAUAUCCAGUUCUCAGACUGAUUGAUAUAUAUUUUUUUUUUAGUAUAGUACUAUCUCCCAACUCCAGGCAAGUGAGUUAUGUGCAGGGAAGGAUACAACAUGCAUCAGGAGUGUGCUGUGACAGGAUGUGCUUAUUCAAAUGGACAUGGAAUCUAUAAAAAUGGAAAGGUUACAUUGUCAUUUUGAAAGCGGGAGAAUGUAGCUCCCUUAUUUAGCAUGUUCAGUUGUCACAACUCAUUACUGGAGUACCAAUAUAUAUAUCAUUUAUGGUUAUGUCUAGAGCCAAAAGGAAUGUUGAACUUAUAUUUAAAGAAAAAACAAAACAAAAAUAUGGUGAUGUUUGUGGAGGGAGCCUGAGGAGCACAUCCAUGUAUCAGUGAUGACCUAGUCUGAACCAAACCUACUUGGAGAAUGUAUAUUUAACAUAUUUUAUAUAUCACCUCUUUGUACAUUUGAAUUAUUUGUAAAUAUUGUUUCAUUUUAAUAGAAACAGUAUAUGAACAUAUUUUUUUUCUUCUGUCUACAAGAAAGAUUUUGUUUUCUUUUGUCUGUUUCAGGUUUUUAUAUCUUUGUUAAACAAAUAUUGUUUCUUAAAACCUGUGCUGUAUCAUAAAAAGACAAACAUAGAUUAGUUUAGUAUUCAUUCAGAUUUUUUCUGAUUUUACCUGCCAUGCAUGAUUCUUUUGUUUCUAAACAGUUCAGUAAUGAUAGUGCAUAUAUAGGUAAUGAUCAAUAAGACUAGGAUUUGUAAGCAGCUAGUCAAGUGCAGUUCAAUUUUUGAAAACAGACAGGGAUAUCAAAGCAAAAUGAGUUUACAGAACUUGUAUUGGGGCUUGAAACUAAAUUAAUUUCUUGAUGUCCAAUAUUAAAAUCAGCCAAAUGCGAUAGAAUUCUCUUUCCAUAUACACACCCCUCAUCAAAAGAAAAAAAAAAUCCUUUGAAAGCAGUGCCUUUUUGCAUAGUAUCCUUCAAAGGUUUGCCAUCCAAAUAUAUUGAUGAUUUAUUAUGCAUUAAAUACAUGGAAAUAAUCAGAAAGGACUGAUGGCAGCAUUAAGAUGGAAAAAGAUUGAAACCCAAUAGGUACAAAAUAUUUUGCUUGCAUUCAGGUCAUCAACUCAUUUCUGGUUAAGCGUUGAAAGGAUAACUCCUUUUCUGCCAAAUCUUCUACUUUGACAAGAAAAUAAAGAAAUUGAAGUCAAACAUAAUCAAUAGAAUAAGACUGAUGAAUUUAGAAUCAAAAAUUAGAUGGUGUUGGUGCUUAACUGACAAGUAUCAACAUCAGAACGGUGGAAUACACAGUGUAAAUAAAAGAUUAUUCAGUCCGUCCCCUUUUAUUUAUUCUCCAACUGCAUAAUUUAGAAAUUACAAAUGAAAUGAUUUUACACAAAUUCAGUACUUCCAUAUACAGAGUCCUUUUGUGGCUUUGUCACUGGUGGCUGUGUAAAUUUCAUGAACUUUCCAAAAGAGUAAACAGGGGAGGAAUCAUCACUGCAUUUAUGGAAGUUUUGGAUGCGGCAUAAUAUUGAGUUUCAUAGUUACUGUUUCAAGGACAUCAGGAUAUACUUAGCUUUGAGCCCCAACAGGCUAUUGAUCUUUACAUGUUAUCUACCUUGUCCACAUAAAAAUAUAAUCUUUCCGUAGAUCCGCAAUGUCCUUGAUUGUUAAACAAAUCUUGGAAGUGCCUCGUUUGUACAUGGAAAAUGGAGAAGUAAAACUAUGUGACCUAUAAAUCCGCCAGUUUCCAAUCGAGAUUCUUUUCUUUUUCGUUUAGAGACCACAAUAACAUGCUCUAUGAUAACCUUAGAUUUAGAUAGCCACAGCAUACUGUUUGCUCCUGUGAUCAUAAUAUGCAAUGGUGAUACUAUUGAAAUGAAUUCAGCAUUAGUAGAGAUUUGUAUUUUUCAUUUUGUAUUCUGUGACCAGUGGAGAUAUUGAAAAGCAUAAUAAUGGUAGUGGAUAGAAGGGGCAGAUCAUAUUUUGUUGCUGUUUACAGUCUGAGGUGUAUUUGCAAUGUCAGUUACUUUUCUAGUAUUAUAAUAAUAAUUAUUAUUAUCUUAUUGUUAUUAUUUUUAUUUUUUAUUUAAGGAAAAUUGGAUGUUUUGUGUAACAAUUGGGAACAUUCUUUUUACUGGAUUUGGAGGAAGGAAAAGAGGAAUGAAGAAAAGUCUUUUGUUCUAGAUUGUGUGGAAUGGUGAGAUGAAGUUUAGUUUUUUGCAUUUUACAUAUAAUAUAUAUCCAAAACCAGCUUGUGUCAUUUAUAGCUAAUUCAAAAAUACUUAAGGCUAACUAGUUUUCUUUUCCACUGCUUGCUUAAGAAAAAGUACAAGACAAAAUUGAAGAAGAAAGCAUUGCAAUUGUAUCUGCUACCCUUUUCAUUCAGAGCUUUUCACCCAUUUUUAAGUUGUGCAAUGCUACCAUCUUCAUCAGCUUCUGGAAGCAUAUACACAUGGAAAAAAUGUAUUACCUUUACUGCUGAGAGGAAGACUUACCCAUAAAAGUCCUUUAUUACAUGAGCAGUUUGUGGUAGCAGUAUCAUCAAUGACAUAAAGUGGAAGGCUGGUAUGAACUAUGCAAAGUAUACAAACUGCUUAUCAUAAUGCACCCGACUUUACAAGUGCAAAUGUCAGAUUUUAGAUUAACCUUUGCAAUCUAGGAAAAAAUCUCAUGUGAAGUAGGGAUAAGGUGUAGAGGCUGCUGUUGAUCAUAUUAUUAAGUUCAGUAUAUUAUGACAUGUAUUUUCCUUUAUAUCUUUAGGUCAGUGCCAUUCAUGUAUCAUUUUUUCUUUUGUUGAAAUUUGUAAUCUAGUGUGAUACUGUCCUGGUCUUUUCUGAAUGUGUUAUAUGCACAAUAAUUUACAUUUCAUCAUAUAUUUCUCAUUAAAUACUAAAGAUAUUUUGAAAAGUUUAUGCUUCACAUACAUAGUUUUGUUUUCUUGAUAUUCAGUCUUUACCAAGUAAUGCAUUAUAUGAAGGUAUGCUGCAAAUUUUAUGGAAGUGUAAAUGAGAAUGAAAAUUCUGUUCUAAGUUGGAAGCUUGAAGGAUUGUAUAUUAUACAUUCAACAAUAAUGUUGCUCAAAAAGGAAGAAAAAAGAAAACACAUUAUUACAUAGAUACUUUAUUUUGAUGCAGUCUAAUAUUUGAAUACACAUUCCAUAACCAUGUUCCUACAAAUAUGCUAAUCAAAAUAUGGUAUACAAAUUCAAUGUAUUUUGAUUUUGGAUGUAAAGAUUUUGGUCAAAUGUAAAUAUGAUUAUGGUCUUUAAAAGGUGCAUUAUGUCAAUGCAGAUUCAUUCAUUCUUUAAACAAUAUUACCAACCCAGAGCACCUUUCAGUUAGAAGUCAGGUAAUGUGGAAGAAAUCUUUAAGACAUGUUAGACAAGCAAUAACAAACUUGUUAUUUAAAGGUAAGCCAUACAUUCAAGUAAUGGGUAUUGUUAAAAGUUCAUUAGAUUCUGAGAGAAAAAAAAUCGCCUCAGUAUUAAACUUAUUGAUAUAGUUUUAAAUGAGUUAAGAAUGAAACAGCAUAUAAGUUACUGUUAAUGAAGAUUAUGUGUAAGUAGAGACUUCUUCACCAUAGUAAUGAUAUGGAAAGUUCUGGCAUCAGUUAGUGAUGCUUGUCAGUAUAUAAAAAGAUUUCAAGGUCUGUUUGAUUGUAAAUAAAAUGUUAGUUCAACUGUACACUGACAUGCACCAUGAUAUGUAUAUAAUAGAUUUACUGAUAAUGACGCAUACAUGAUACUAUUUUAAAAUAAAUGUCCAAGAGGAAUAUAUGCAA